GUAAGUGGCGCCAUCUCGUAAAGAAGCGGUUAAGCUUGUAGUGGAAAAUGUUGCCAUUGUUCCUGUUAGAUGGCGAUACCAACGUAUUUCCAUGAAUGAGCGAUGCACCUAAUCAAUGUUGAUAAUCAACAGUUGAUCAGUAGUGUUUUGAUUUGUGGUUAGAAGAAUAUGUUCAUUGCUUUUUCUUCGCGCUAUGUUAAUCAAUUUUUGGAAAAAUGUCAGAUCAAGUAGUAAGGCUGGGAAUAAAUAAAUGUAUAUUGUCAAAAUUGUGGUACACGUCCCUAAUUGUUUACCAAGAAAAUGCUAAUGGCAAAUCAUGUCAAAGUGACACUGUGGAUUUUGUUGAAUCUCAGACUUUAUCAGGAAACUUAAUUCAUUUGCAAAGUAAAAGUCAACAUGAGUGGAUUACUCAAAUAUUAUUGCAAAAACUUAUCAACAAUGUUGCUUCUUCAGAUGUUAAAAAUCUUAAAAAACAACAUAACUAUGUGCAAAUGAUACAUGCUUUACAAUUAUGCAAAAAUUUGACCACGGACAUACAACAGGGACUAUUAAUGAUGUAUGAAAAUAGUUCAAAACAAACACGUUCAAAAAUUCUUGAAAAAAUACAUGAAGAAUGUUUCACAUUUUUAAAACAAAAUAUGCAUAAUAAUUUAACUGUUGUUUGUUGGAUCAUUAAUGAAUUAUUGUCUGCAUGUGUUAACAAGUCAACUAAUAUUGCUUGUAGUUUACAAGAUUUAUAUUUCUCUUUUAUAAAAGAAUUACUCAAAUUUAAAUUAUCCAAGCAACACUUUAGUGACAAUGCUGUUGGACAUGCAUUAUGUAUUAUAUCAAAAAUGAACAUACUUGAAUCCAAUACAGAUGAACUGUUGAGAUGGUUUUUUCCUAUGUUGUUUGAAACAUGUAACAUUCAAGAUAUUGAACUUGUACUAUACUCAAGAACAGAGAGAAAACUUUUUAAUGCAUGGUGCACAUUUAUUAAUGAGGUUUAUGGACAUACUAAAGUUGCUGACAAUUUGAAUGAUGCAUUGAAAAUUCAAAAAGGACUAUUUAAUAGUACUUCAAGCUGUACCUCAUUUAUAAAUAAAAAUAAUCUCAUAAAAAGAGUAACUAACAUGAAACUGCAUUGGGUUACAGAUAUUUUGGAUAUUUGCCAUGUUUUAGUGAAAAAUGAAAAAUAUGAUGAUAUUUCAUCAAUAUUAUCCUGUAAAUUGUUAAAGUCUUUUUGGCCUGUUGUAUUAUUUAAAGUUUUAAAUGAUUGCAUUCAGGAUAUUCCUAAUGAAAUUCAAGAAAAUGAAAACAUUAUGUGUAAUUCAAUUAAAUUUUUAAUAUCUAAAUGUAAUUUUGAUGCAUGGCAUGAUUCUACUUUACUAGAACUUGACAUUGCAUUAAAAAAGAAUAUUAGAAUUAUGGAAUAUAUUUUGACUUCAAUGAAGGAUAAUUCUGUUACAAAUGGUAACAAUCAAAUUCAAGAGAAAAUUCAACCAGUUGAUACAUUUCAACAGAGAAUAAGUAUAAAACAAAUAUUCAAUACUUUAUUGCAUUCUAAUAGUCUGUCAGUAUUGAAAUUAACAACUGACAUACAUGAACAAGAGUAUAAUAAAAUAGAAAAUUUAUUAAAAGAUCAGGAAUCAGAAUCAGAAAAUAUUUUCUAUGCAUAUUGUAGUAUGUUAAGUGCUUUGAAAGCUAUUUUAUUAUGCGAUAGUUAUCACGAAAAUCAAAGCAUUAUUAUACAUCACUUUACUGAUAUGAAAUAUUAUGUACAAAUUUUAUAUCCACUUAGUUUGCGUGUAGAAGUUGUGGAAAAUAUAUUUUCUUUACUUUUCUUGCGACAUGACGAUUUUGACCAUACUUUAAAGAAUUAUAAUAAAAACAAUACCAGUACCUUAAGUGAGAACAAAUCGAUGGAACAGCCUUUAAGGGGUUUUAUUUGUAAUAAAUAUGCUAUUAAAGAUGUGUUAUUUCAUUUAAAAGAGAUUAUGUUAGUCAUAGAAAAUGAAUUUACGAAAAUGAAAAAAGAAAAUGAGUGUACAGAAGAAGAGAAGCAACUUCAAAAAGAUAUCUCUUCCAUUGAUGCAGUAAUAACAGAUGCUAAAUGGAGAUUAGAAAUUUGUACAAAUUCACAAUUUACAGAAGAUGACAAUAUAUCUAAAAACGUAAAUAAAAUUGAAACUGAACCAAAAGUUCUAUUAGAUGGAAAACUAAUAUCUAAUCGUUUCAAAGAAAGUAUACUUUUUUACCAAGAGGGCAGUGCUUCGGAUGAAACAAAGAUUAGAUCUGACAGCAAUUCUGAAUCAGAAUUGAUACAUAAUAAUACUAAAUUGCGAAAACGUUCUAAAAAUGUACCGCCGACAGUGGACACCGUAUUAACCAAAGAUACCAUAUACAAACCAUUAUUCGUGAACUUAAUGUUAGCAACUAAAGAAAGCCUAAUUAUUCAAUGUUUAUGGAAAAAUGAUUACGCAAAGGCGCAGGAUAUUAUAGAGACAGCUCAUAUAAAGAAUACCCAACUACAUGGAGAAAUACAAUUUUCAAAAGCAUUACACAUGUUUAAAGACAACGUUUAUAAACAAGCAAAUAUAUUGGAAGAUAAAAAUGAAUCAAGAGAAAACUUACAAUCUUCUGCAUUAGAGAAUCUAAGACUAGUUGCACAGGAAGGUAUACAGUCUUCCAGACAAACUAGCCAACUUGAAACAUUUUUAGCAUCCCAAGAAACUAAUUUGCGAAUGUUAAAAACUGAAACUGUUAGCAGCAACGAAAUAUUGACGAUAUGCGUAUUAGAUCUAGCUUUAACUAUGAGUCAAGUCUUCAGCACGAGCAAUUUUUGUAAAGUUGCAAUGAAAUAUUUAAAAUUAUGUAAAACAUUUGACAAUACUGAAUACGCACAUUUCUUUUCCACAAUUUAUCAAUUGUUAUACGAGACAAAAGACGAGUUCUCUAUAAAAAAUAUACUCUGUGAUACAAUGAUAUCAUUGUCUGUAAAGGAAUGUAAAGAGAAAGAUGACUUUUGGACUGAUAUUGCGGCUAAAUACCACGAAUUUAAAGAGUCACAAGCAAGUAAAGAUACAAUCAAUGAAAUAUUGAAAGAUAGUAACUAUUUGCCAGGUUUAAAAAUACUUGGUAAAAUGGCUGUUAUUUCAAGCGGAACUGAGAAAUAUAUGCAAAAUAUGUGCUCCCAUUUACAGCUCCUACAUACAAUUAUACCAACUGAUCAUCAAAUAUUCACAGUUUCUGAUUUACUCAAAAUUCCGUUACCUUACUACUUUGGUCAUCAAAUAUUCGAACUUAAAAUUGAGCCAAAUAAACUCGAAGCUGUUGCACACAAUUUACAAGUUAAUUUAGUAUAUAGUAUUCUUACAAAUGCAUGUCCUAGACUGUUUUACGAAAAAAGUAUAAAAUCCGCUAUCGACAGUAAAGAAAACGGAUGUAUCAUUUUAAAUAAAGCAUCAUGUAAAUCGGACCAUAGUCAUAAAAUAGAAAGACCAAACGAAUGCAUUUCAGAUAUAUUAUCAGAACUACUGCAAAUUUUGCAGAAUUUAAAUUUAGGCAAAUUUUACUUAAGCCACGAUAUUUUUAAAGCUAUUUCCCAGCAUCCUGACAUUCAAAAUGCAUUGAAUAAAACAACUCGUCUCAUAAGCCUAGAUUUGAGUGAAUUAUCAAUGGGCAAUGAAACGUUAACUUUUCUUCUGAAUACGUGGAAUCUCAUGUUUCUACAUGCUAAUUUGACUAUCUGGGCGUAUCAACCUCCGUUUAGUGAUUUGCAACAUUCAGUUUCAUUGAUGUCGAUUGGUUAUUUAAUUGGUGAUUUAGGUCUAGUAACGCUUACCGCGCUAAGAGCAAAACUGCUAAAUAAUAUUAUGGUAGAGAAAGAGUUUUUUCUACAACUUGAAGAACUUAACGAACCUGUAUGGCAAGAUUUGGAUAUUACACAUGACCCAAGAGUGAUCUUUCUGAUGGCUAACGAAUUUUAUGGAACACCUUGUAUCCGAGUCUGUACUGCAGAAUCAUUAAACGAAGAUUUAAGCACCGCUUUUCAUGAAUAUCUCGAUUAUUAUUCAUCGAGAUUUGAGAAAUCACCGCAAAACAUAGAAAAGCAAAAAAUAAUUAUGCUACCCGAUAUCGUGAAACAAUAUCAAAAUUUCAUUUCUCAAUAUUGUAAUAGUAAUUUGUAUGGCACUAAUAACAGCGAUAAUAUAUUUUCAGUAGAUAACUACUUUAAACUCUCUAAAAAAAAUGUAAUUAUACAAUAUACAGCGUCUUCCUAUUCGUAUGAUAUAAUAUUGAAGUAUACGAACUACCAUAAUAUACACCAUCAGAAACAGGUCAAUCAGUAUAAUAGUGUAUGGAAAACUCGCAAUAUAAGAUCAAGUUUAUUGCAAUAUUUGGAAGGACAUUGUUGGAUUGUUUCUUAUCUUUUACAAAGAAUAUAUAACGAACAUCCAACUAUUCUAGAAAACAACUGUGAUAAUCUGAAACGUAUUGCUUGUCUCGAAAAUCUUUUAAGUUCGCCGUGGGUCAUUGAAAUGAAAUCGUUGUUUGAAAAUAAUCAAACGCUUGCAGCUAUACUCGAAACGAUACCGAUGCAAAAGUUAUGGCUUCAUUUCGAAAUUGCAUUAAAAGAAAACGAAUGGCAUACAUGCUUGAAACUUCUAAACACUUUGCCAGAUGAUCUGAUCAAACGUACAGAAUUGCAAUGUUUCAAAGAUAAAGUACUCAGUUACAUAGUUUCGAAAAACGAUACUGCAUUGAAUGCGGAAAUAUUGCAAUAUGUGUAUCAAAUUAAAGAUGUACAUAUACUAUGCCAGACAGUAUUAUAUAAUAUAAAUAAAUGGCACAUAAAUGUUUGCGAACAUGCUUUGCUUUAUGCAGUAAAUAAUUCGGAUAGGGACAAAUUACCUACACACUGCAAAUCACAAUUAAAUGAAAUUCUACACAGAGUAUUUAUUUUUCAUAAAAUGCUUCCGUAUUGUGAAAUGAAAUCCAAUGGGAAUUGGUAUGACAUUGCUUACUGCACUGAAAAAAUUGAUCCAUUUCAAGUUAUCAAAACGUUAAUAAAUGCAGAAAAAUUUGAAUUGUGUUUAGAGUGGUUGGAAAGUCAAGCAUUCUCCUUGGAAAUACACCCCUCUAUGAUGCAAGACUUGUUGUUAGGUCUUUUAAAAAAUGAAGCUCAAAACUUUAAGCAAACAUUAAAGUUUCUUCAAGCAUUACCUUUGAAUCAAUCAAUCAAUCUGUGCAAGACUGUAUUAAAACAAUUACAGUCAAUCGACUCGCUUCAAUUUAUUUCUAAUUACUUAUUAGAGCAUUGCAAAGCAACAGAAACCAUCAAACGUAGAAGGAUCUUGAUAGGAAUUGAAAUUCUGAGCAUGUUAAAGGCUCCAGAAAGAUCAUUGUACAUUCAUCUGAUAAAAGAACCAUUGUUAAUGUUAGAACAGUUAUUAAUGAAUUGUAAAUUUGAAAGUCUUCAAAAAAUAUUAAAUAGAAUUGAAGAAAAAUUAGAACAAGUGAAUAUUUCGAGAAGUAGCUUUGACGAAAUUAUAAAAUUCUACGCUCAGAAAUCAUUAGAUUGUCGCGUGUCUUUGCAAUGUGAUAACACAGAAAGCAAAUCAAAGAAUGUGCAGCAAUGUGUUUUGGAACCAGAAAAUAUUGAGUUUGUUAUGCCUGCUCUAGUUCCUACAAAAGAAGAAUGGGUACCCAAUGAUAAGGCUACAGUAUGCAGUUGUUGCAAAAUCGUUAUAUUUUCGAUGUUUAAUAGACGACACCAUUGUCGUAGAUGUGGUCGUGUUAUCUGUGCUCAAUGUUCUCAACAUCGCAUGCAUGUAUCUGGAUAUCCACCUUCCGUACUUGUACGUGUGUGCAAUGAUUGCAAGCAACAGACAGUGUUGCAAAUGCAAGUCAAUCAAGGAACACCGUCUACUUCAAGUAGCGAAAUGUUUGAUUAUUGGCAAUUAACGAGAGAUCAGGAGCAUAAUCAAACUAUCAGAGAAGAAUUUUCAUUCGAGUACGCGCCAAACAUUUCUUUGUGUUUGGCUAUCCUAAAUUUAUAUUCUGACCAUAAAACAUACACUAGCUUUUUAUUAGAUCGUUGCGACGAAAUAAAACAUCUCUUACAACCUGUUAGUGGCGGGAAAGUAAAUCCAGAAGUAGAUCAUACUGUAAUAAUUAAAAUGAUACGUUCUCUAUUAAUUGCCGCAAAAGUGAAAUGCGCGAAACUUGGUUUUAGUACUGGAUUAGCACACUGCGAUGGUUUUUUAUCGCAAAUAGAUCUAAUCGCCAGUUUUGUUCAAUCUGAUUGUUUACAUCUCAUACCUUCUGAUGAUUUAAAAGAAAAUACCUUGAGAAAGUUUAGAGAUCAUCUGAUUGAAAAAGAACAAUGGAUUCUUGCUCUAGAUGUGAGUACCAAGGCUGGAUUGGAUACACAAGGUGUCUGGGCGACCUGGGGUAAAGCAUGUUUGAAAAUGGGAUAUUUUGAUCAAGCACGAGAGAAGUUUUUCCACUGCCUCGAUAAAAUUCAGCAUGAAGAUAUCGACGAUUGGGUUAUUUUGUCGUAUCCCAAAGAUUCGUUAACACAGAGCAAAAGAGAAAUUCGAAAAUCGAUAACCGAGAAUAAAAUUGACGAGAAUAAAGAACUCACAAUGGAUGAGCUAUGCAUAAGAAAAACUGAAUUUAUAAAGAAUCGUCCGUUGAAAGAUCCACCGUUACUUUCAGAAAUUUUACAAAUGUUAAACAAUUUAAGCACGUACAAACAAUAUGUACAGCAUUCUCAGUACAAGACUACCGCAUCGCAAGAAGUACUCAGUAACUUUGGAAACCUUAAAAUGACAAGUCAAGGGAAAUUCUUUGUUAAAAAUGCGUCUUCAGCGGCACAAAAUGUUUAUUACUACGAAACUCUUUAUUAUUUACUGACUUAUGGAAGCUAUAAUUCGAUUUUAGAAUUUUUUUUGAAACACGAGGAAUACAAUGAGUGCCUUACUUUUACUUUGGAAAAUGAUUUAGAACCCGAUUUGUUUUUUAAUUCGAUUUAUUUAUAUUGCUUGAAGAAUGGAAGUACCGAAAAACUUCACGAAGCUAUGAAAAACAAGGAUUCAAAUUUAUUAAUUUGGAAAAAAUAUUUAAUAUACGUGUGUCACAGUUUAGAAAGGAGGCAAUACUUGAAUAUUUUGUAUCAGUUGCAACUAUUUAUGGAAGACUCUGUACGAGCUGCGAUGACGUGCAUUCGUUUUUAUCGUAAUGAAGCAAGCAAUUACACAGAUCUCUGUAAUAGAAGAAAUUUCUUGCUCGACGCCCAAAAGCACUUGGAAUCUGAAUUGCAAAUUGAAUCAUUAAAUCGAAAAAGGAAAAAAAGUACAAGUUCUAUACACAGCAAUCAAGGAAUUUUAACAAUGGAAAUGGAACUUUCGGAAAUAGAUAAACAUAUAAACACGAUCUGUAGACAAAUGGAACUUGCGAAGUUUUUAGCAACUUGCGAAAAAGAGGGAAGGGCUCCAAUGCAGUUUUUAAAUUUGUUUUCACAUAACGAGUGCGAUAAUGCGCACACUUUAGAAUUGCCGACUUUAUUUGGUAAUCAACAGCAGAAAAUAGAUUUAGCUGUUCUAGCUAUACUCUGUGGGCACAAUAUUGAAGAAGGAUUUGGAAUAGCAUUCAGAAUAAUGCAAGAUUAUAAUCUACCACAGCAGAAAGUAUACUCUUUAGCUGGCCAUAUCUUGACCCUGAAAAACAAUAUUCCAGGAAUAGAACAAUUAAUUAAAUGUUGUCACACUUCUGGGAUUCCAAAUUCAUAUAUUAUAUCAGAUUAUGCUUUGACACAUUGUGUGAAAUUGUUAUUGAACCGUUUACACAGUGAACCAGAGUCCACUGAAAAGAAUGAUGUUCAUAAUCUUGUAAGAUUAAUAACAGACAUAGAACUCAAAAUAAACGCAUAUAUCGAAUGCAAACAACUAAAAGCUGCAUACCUAUUAGCUGUUAAACAUUCGCGGUCGCAAGAUAUACGAAAAAUUUUAAAAGAAUCUGAAAGACUUGGUCAAAAUGCGAUUAAAGCAAUAUGUGUAAAAUGGCUUCAGCAAGAACCAAAGUCAUAAUUUUAAGGUGUAUAUUAUUGAAGUAUGUAAAAUAUUGGAUUAGUUCCUCUAUUUCUUACUAUUAUAAAAUAUUUAUCUAUCGUAUUAUAAUUACAAAAAAUCUAACUAAUACGAUCGUAAUCUUGCAAAUUUUAUGCGAAAGUUCUUAAAAUGACUGUAAUUGUGGAUUAAAAACAUCGAAAAUUUUAUUACAUUCCACAAUUAUUUAUAUAAUUAUAUAUGUACAAAGUACUUUAUUUUUUUAUAAUUGCCUGUUCUUCCU